AUGGCCAACACAAACCUAAACAAAGACCUCCCCCUCCCAGCCCCCUUCUCCUCAAUCCCACGCACCCCCCUCCUCCUCGGCCCCUCGCCGAUUCACCUCCUCCCCCGCAUAACCGCCGAUCUCGCCUCAACAUCCCCCCACCCAAAAGUAAACAUCUACGCCAAGCGCGACGACCUCAACUCCGCCUACGCCUACGGCGGCAACAAGACCCGCAAACUGGAGUACCUACUCGCCGACGCCCUCGCGCAAAACUGCAACACCCUCGUUUCCAUCGGCGGCGUGCAGUCCAACCACACCCGCCAAGUUGCAGCCGUCGCAGCACGAUCGGGUCUCAAGGCCAGACUUGUCCAGGAGCACUGGGUCGACUGGGUAGAUCGGGGCUAUGACUCCGUGGGCAAUAUCCAGCUAUCGCGACUGAUGGGCGCAGAUGUGCGUCUCGACCCGUCGGGCUUUGGCAUCGAGCAUAAGAAUACCGCCGCGGCUGUGGUGGAGGAGUGCAAGGUUAAUGGCGAGCGACCUUACUACAUCCCCGCCGGUGCGUCGGACCACCCGCUCGGCGGUCUUGGAUUUGCGCGGUGGGCGUUCGAGGUCCGGCAGCAGGAGCUGGAGAUGGGAGUUUUCUUCGAUACUGUUCUUGUGUGUGCGGUUACGGGGUCGACUUUUGCGGGCAUGAUUGCUGGGUUUAAGUUGCUUGAGCGUUUGUAUCCUGGUGAUGCGAAGCGGAGGGUUAUUGGAAUUGAUGCUUCGGCGACGGUGGAGGCGACGCGGGUUCAGGUGUUGAGGAUUGCGCGGAAUACAGCUGUUAAGAUUGGGCUGAAGGAGGAGGAUAUUGCGGAUGAGGAUGUUAUUCUUGAUGAUAGGUAUCAUGCUGGUAUUUAUGGGGUGCCGGAUCAGCAGACUUGGGAUGCUAUUGAGUAUGCGGCGAGGAUGGAGGCUUUUAUUACGGAUCCGGUUUAUGAGGGGAAGAGUUUUGCUGGAAUGGUUGAUAUGAUUAAGAAGGGUGAGAUCAAGGGAGGGAAUAUUUUGUAUGCGCAUCUCGGUGGGCAGCUGGCUUUAAAUGCGUAUUCGGAGUUGGGGGCUACCAAAUAG